AAGAGUGAACGAGCUCAGAGAUGGCAUUCUUGGCGUUCCGAGGCUAUCUAGAUAGGCGGCUCGCUGUGUUUUGAGACGCGGCCGUGUCUCUUGGCAGCGGCAGCGGCUUUUGGGGACUUACCGGAAACCAAACUUUUUUUUUUCUUCAAGCCUCAAACUUGUAACUGCUGAAAGUCGAAAGAGGAAAAAGAGCAGCAGUCCCGUUACAUUUCAGCCUCAUACACAGUUCCUUGUUUUUCAUCGUCAUGUUGGAUGUGAGAAAGUUGAGACGAAGAGAGAUCAACAGUUUUAACCCGAGAUAAAGUCCUGCGUCGAGCGUUUUCUUCUGCGCAUAACGGGAUCUUUGUUUUUAUAACAUGGAAGAUGGUGUGAAAGAGGAGCCGGCCAAGCCCAAAGAGGUGACGAGCGCUGGGAAGGCGGGCUGGUUGAAGAAGUCUUCAGGGAAGUUCUUGAGCAGCUACAAGGACCGAUACAUUCAACUGGAACGAACAGUGAUUGCGGUCUAUGAGAAUGAGGAAUUGACAACAUGCCUGGAGAAACUGGACUUGGACAACUACGAAACUUGCCACGAGUUAAAGAGUCCUUUCAAGAAGAAACACAGACUGGUACUAAUACGAAGCCCCAAGUGUGGUAACAAGGUCCAUGAUGUUAAACUUCAAGCCCAAACUCCUGAGGAGAAAGAGGCCUGGAUUAAGGCACUCAGUGAAGGAAUCAGUAAAGCAAAGAACAAAAUUUUUGAUGAGGUUAAAGUUGAUGAAAGCUGCUCUUUAGAACAUGUUACACGGAACCGACCAAAGGGAAACCGUGGAAGAAGGCCUCCAACAAGGAUACACAUGAAAGAGGUUGCGAAUGUAACAAGUGAAGGAAUAUUGAGACUAGACCUUGAUGGUGAAGUUAUCAUGCUGAAUGGAACUCAUGACUUGAAUACAGAAGGGGAUAAACAAACCGAAACUUCUAAACCAUCUGUGGCGAUGAGCAACAUUCCAGAGGAGGAUGUCGAUGAAGAGCCCACUCCCCAGAAGAAAGUUAUAAAGCCACCCAUGCCACCAUCAAAAGACAACAAACCCAGUGAAACUAAUAAAGAGGAUGAGCCCAAAAAUGAGGAACCUGCAGCUCAAAAGAAGAUGCCACCGAUGCCUCCAUCAAAGGACUCUAAACCCUGCGUCUCUGUUGAUGGGGCUGCUGUUGAGAAGAAAGUCUCAGAUAGUAAAGAGGAGGUCGAAGCAGAAAGCACAGACUCUUCCGAACCAACUCCUUCCACCAAGAGUGCCCAGCCCCCUACACCUCCUUCCAAAUGUAUGAAGCCUAACCAGUCGGUAACACCAGCCACAGUUACAAUAGAAGAAAAGGAGGAGGAAAAGGAGAAGAAUAAGGAGGUUGACAGUGAAGGUACCAAGGUAGGUGAAGCCUCAAAUGAGAAAGAAGACCUGGAUAAGUUAGAAGAGGUAGAGACCUUUGUUCUAUCCACAAAGGUUAUGAAACCACAAGUAGUGAUGUGGGAUUCACCCAGUAUACCAUCAAAGGAACCUAGUGCUGAACAAGAAGUGCAAAACUCAAAGAAAGCCUCCAAUACCACUGGAGAAGUUGCAACCUCACUAGAUCCUCUCCAACUUAACCGUACUCCAGUUUCAACCCCUGAAUCUGUAAAAAAGAGCCUUGGGCCCCCUGCUCCACCCAAGAAGAAGCCAUUAAAGGCACAUGCCAAGAAAGAGGACACUCCCGCACAAAGUGACCCAGUGGUCCUUACCCACUCCGCUGUUUCAUCUUCAGAAACAGCUGACAUCAAAUUGACUAUUCCAGAACCCCAAAAUGAGCCAGCUGGUGAUGUGUCAAGUGAAGAUUUGGAGGAGAAGUCUUUGGACAGUGGUCAGCACUCAGGAGAGGAGUCUGAGUCCGGUGACCAUGUUACGCCAUCCUCCGCAAAGCUCAAAGGAAGCUCCCAAGCACUAGAUUUGGAGACCAGCGAGGAUGAUCUAGAACCAUCCGACAGCAAAGCCGAGAGUUUGGAGGAGCCAUCGUUAGAAACCCCGUCCACCACCUCAAAGACCUCAGUCUUCAAUGCACAUCCAACCCCAAGCCAAUGCGCCAACAAGUCCCUGCACUUCACCAUGCCUCUCAAGCAUUCUCCCAAGACCCGCUCUGCAUCCCUAGGUGACCUCCUUGCAGAGAAUGCAGAGAAGACGGAAAACACGGGAAAAGAGUUACCAGUUAAACCACACGGAAGUGAUGUAAAGGACUUGCAAAGCAAAGUGUCUUCUGAGAUCAAAGAGACUGGCGAGCUGCUGAACGCAAUCGCGACUGGACAGAGUGGUGAGACGGAAACGAAGGGGGAUGCCAGUCCAGAGAUCUUGCUCUCUGCAGCAAUGGAGAAGCUCAGGAAAGCUGACCAGUUCUUGAAGGAAGCCAGUAAUCUUAAAGAUCUUAAUAAUAGAAACAGAUUAAGUUUGUAAUGGUAAGUGUGGGUGCAAGGAACCUGUUGGGAUGAUCUAUGCUAAAAAUGCAAUUUUACAGUAAAUGCAAAUGAUCAAAUGCAAUUUCCAACCACUUUCAAUUCUCCGAGCAACUUGCCUUGCAAGGCAAAAAUGCCUUAAGGCCAAAGUAUACUUCUCUUUCUGCGUUCCACUUUGUUUCGCGCAUACCUGUCAAUGUAUGCUCAACCGCAGAUGGAUAAGUUCGACACUUGCGCAGUACCACCUAGUGCACCCGUUCUGUCUCAACAUUUACCUGUCUGCGCUGUUGUAUGUGGACACAAAAAUUGGGAUGCACGCAAGCGAUGUGCGCAGUCGUCCUCAGACACUUCUCAUGACAAAAAUUGCUUCACGUGGAGAGUCCGUGGACCGUUGUGGAACGUGGAUGGCCAAAGUAUACUUGAGGCUUUAAAGUUUUGGUAAUGUUGGUGUAUAGCCUUUACAGCAGGGUUCCUCAAAUGCUCAAAUCUACAAAUUGCAUGUUCCUCAAAAGUUUAGCUCAAAUCCUGAUCAAAUUCACUUGCCUCUAAUUUUCUAAGUUUCCUCAAGACCUUGAUGAGCUUGCUCAGGUGUGUUUGAUUAGGGUUGUUCGCAGACUGUUUGGGCUGCACGCAGGUGGUGUGCGUGGAUAUCCGCGGGCACUUCUGAUGACGAAAAUUGCAUCACAUGUACUGUCGCGAAUAGUGGACGGCCAAAGUUUAUUUUGGCCUUUACUGCAGGGGUCUCCAAACUUCUCCAACUUGCGUCAACACACCUGCCUGGAAGUAUCUAGCCUGCCUAGUAAGACGUUGAUUAGCUGCUUCAGGUGUGUUUUAUUAGAGGUGGAGCUAAACUCUGCAGGACACCAGCACUCCAGGAUUAAGAUCCCUGCUUUACAGUUUUGAUAAUGUAGCCCAGGGGUGGCGAACUCCGGUCCUGGAGAGCCGCAGCCCUGCAGAGUUCAGCUCCAACCCUAAUUAAAACUCACCUGGCUGUAGCUUUCUAGCAACCCUUCAGACCUUGAUUAACUUGUUCAGGUGCGUUUGAUUAGGGUUGAAGCAAAACUUUGCAGGGCUGCAGCUCUCCAGGACUGACGUUCGCUACCCCUGAUGUAGCCUCUAAAGCAGGCAUAGGCAAACUCGGUCCUGGAGUGCCUGUGUCCCUGAAGAGUUUAGCUCCAACUUGCCUCAGCACACCUACAUGGAAGUUUCUAACAUGCCUAAUAAGACCAUCAUUAGCUGCUUCAAGUGUGUUUUAUUAGGGCUGGAACUAAACUCUGCAAGACUCCGGCCCUCAAGGACUGAGUUUGGAGACCUCUGCUUCAUAUUUUUGUUAAUGCAGGUAUUGGCGAACUCACUCCUGGAAGGCCAGUGUCUCUGCAUAGUUUAGCUCCAAAUUGCCUCAACACACCUGCCUGGAAGUUUCUAGCAUACCUAGUAAUACCUUGAUUCGCUGUUUCAAGUGUGUUUUAUUAGGAUUGGAGCUAAACCCUGCAGGACUCCGGCCCUCCAGGACUGAGUUUGGAGAUCCCUGCUUUAUAGUGUUGGUAAUGUAGCCUCUAAAGCAGGCAAGGGUCCAAACUCGGUCCUGGAGUGCCAGUGUCCCUGAAGAGUUUAGCUCCAACUUGCCUCAGCACACCUACGUGGAAGUUUCUAAUAUGCCUAGUAAGACCUUGAUCCGUUGGUUCAAGUGUGUUUUAUUAGGGUUGGAGCUAAACUCUGCAGGAAAAUUGAUUUCAAGGAACAGGACUGAGCAACCCUAUCUCUAAAUCAGGGUUGAAGUCCUCAAGGUCCACUUUCCUGCAGAGUUUAGCGCCAACCCUAAUCAAACACACUUGAACAAUCUAAUCAUGUUCUUCAGGAUCACUAGAAGUUACAAGCAGAUGAGUUUGGUCAAGGUUGGAGAUAGACUCUGAAGGCCAGAGCUGAGAACCCCUGCUCUAGAUGAUGACACUGCAUGUUGUCGGUAGGAAGACAAACCAUUUUCUGUCCAAACUGAGUAAGAACUUUGAGCUUAAUUUGUACAUGCAAUUUUAUUUUGUGGAGAGACGUGCAGAAUACACCUGCCUGGAAGUUUCUAGCCUGCCUAGUAAGACCUUGAUUAGCUGCUUCAGAUGUGUUUUAUUAGGGUUGGAGCUUCCUGCUGGUUUGUCAUGUAGUGUGGUUUUAGCUUGCUUCAGCUGACCAAUCUCACUUUAAGAUUACUGUGUUUCUUAUUCUGUAAGUUUAGUUAUAUUUGGCACUUUGUUAGAUAGAUUUAACCCCACAUAAAUUACAUGUGAGCAUAACCACUAUUAGGAUAAGUUAGCGUUUUACAUAUUUAACACAUUUGUUAAAGGGAGAUAUGGAGUAAGUUGAAUUUUGCACUGCAACUUCUGUGUAAAAAGGAGGAGUUGAAAAAUAAGAGUUAAUGGACAUCUCUUACGUUCAUAAAGUUUCUGGCAAAUAUGUUUUAAGCAGAAGUCUCAAUUUCACACCAAUUUUUCAAAGCAAUUUUGCUGACUUAGUCCAAACUUAGACCACCGGCCCUGUUAACCACACAACCUCUCUUCAAAGCCAUCUCAGCCAAUCUGAAUAUACAAGAUAAUUCACAAGGAGGUUGUUCUGUUUGGCCCCCUCACCCCCAAUUCCUUUUUUUUAAAGUGUGUUUCUUAAGAACCUUUUUUCAGUAAUAUCUGUCAGGUAGGGUUAAUAAAUUAAUAAAAUUACAGCACCUUAAACUUAUAAUAUAUAAAGGUUCAUAAUCAGUUUAAAACUGAAUAUAUAGUAUAUGAAGCAUCGCUAUAUAUUUUCUGUUAAAUAUAUAUUUUAAGUGCAAGUUAGAGUUUACAGUUACUGUAGUCUUUAGUUUGCAUUUGCAUUCAGUUCUAUAUGAUUAUUGACUACCUAUUUUAAAAAAUAUCCACAUUACUAUUUAAAAUGUUCACAAAUACAAUACUGUUCAAACAUUUGGGUUUGGUGAGACUUGCUUACCAAGAUGGCUAUUAUUUGAUUAAAAAAUACAGUAAAAACAGUAGUAAAAAAAUCAAUUUAAAUAUAUUUAAAAGUUAGAUUCAUUCCUGUCAUGAUUAUUAUUUGAUAUUAUCAAAUUAAUGUUGAAAACAGUUGUGCGGCUUACUACUUUUGUCGGAACCGUAAUACAUUUUAUUUUCAAGAUACUUUGAUGAAUAGAAAGUUCAAAAGAAAUUGGAAAUAUAAAUGUCUUUCCUGUCACUUUUGAUCAAUUUAAUGCAUCCUUGCUGAAUUAAAAUAUUAAUUUCUUUCAAAAAUCUUUCUGACUGAAAACAACUGUAAGUUUUAACGCCUUCGUUUUCUGCCAGCCUUGUCUAAAAGUGUUUGCACAUGGUAGCACUGCAAAAAGCCACAUAAUCGUGCAAAAAUUAGUUAAUAGUUUCUUCCUUGUGUUCUUUGUCAUGUCGAUGCAGUGGGCACAGCAGUUCCCUGUUCACACAGUCUAUUAAUAAUCUACAGAUACAAGUUUCAUGCUACACUUCGCCUUUAGAGUCUUCAUGCAGAGAAAGCUGGUUAACAAAGGCUAUUAUGGGUAACGGUUACUGACAUUCUGCAAAACCAACUGUGUAGAAGUUGACAACAUCAAGUUCAGCUUAUUCUAGACCUAACAGAAUCAAGAAUAUUCCCAUGAUGAAAAGUGUUUUUUGUGGUACCAUUUUGUAAGAUAUGAUCUUACAUGUAAAUAUUCCUUGACAUAAAGUACAUAGUCUUUAAUAAUGAGAUUUGUUUUUAGUUCUUUGUCUUUUGCGCAGUAUAUUAAGUGUUUUUUUUUUUUAAAUUUCCCUCUGAAGUUUCAAUUUGUAUCAUUUAUCACACAUUUUUAAUGAAACUAUAGCUCAGUGAAUUUUUGAACAUUGUUGUAAAUAACACGGCCACCAGGGAAAUGCUUAAUAUUUAAGUUAUUAAUGUUCUGACAUAUUCAUGUUUAUUGUCUGUCUAAAACAAAGCUUAAGAACAAAUUUAGAAUUACUGUUUACUGUUAAAUGUUUACUGAAGUACUGGUUUUAUGUCUUACAGUAUCUGUUAAUUGCAUUACUAACUGGACUAAUAUUUUUUUAGAUCUAAAUGCAUAUUAAAUGUGCAAAAAUGGGAAAUAAUUGCUUUGCAAAGCAUGUCUUAAUAAAGACAAAGUGUCUUUAAUCUUCA